AUGGCUGGGACUGUCUUGGGAAAGCGCUCUCGUGGCGAUGCGGAAGGAUUACCAGUGCGUACCGCAAGCAAGCGCCGGACAAUUGCCCCCCGAUCCCGACAAGAACCGGCUCCUACUCAAUCGUUACGGCGGACAAGGUCGACUGUGAAGAAGACCGUUGAUCAAUCCAAUCAAGAGGACAGCAAGGAGAAUAUUGUCUCGGAUGUUUCAAAGCACACCCUCCGCGACGACGAGCCGCGGUCUCCGGUCAAAGCUAAAACACUUCUGCAGGUCCCAGAGUCAGUGGGCGAAGAGCCUACAAAGCCCGCCGAGUUCAAGACACCCUCGAAGUCCCGAUUCAGGGACGCCCUACCACAAUCUCCAGUCACACCCAGACAUCGGGUUCAGGUGGGCGCGAAGGCUUUAACCCCACGUACUCCCCGGCAUGCGGAUCUUCCUCCAACUCCACGACAGAGCGCUACUCCAACGAUCACGCAGCAGACCGUGUACUCCCAAGCCCGACAACUAUUCGCUCGUGGUGCUACAUCCGGCCGCUUAGUUGGACGAGACACAGAAAGAGAAAAACUGGUCACCUUUAUUAAAGAGGGGGUCUUAUCGCGCAAUGGAGGCUGUCUUUACGUCAGUGGCCCUCCUGGGACUGGAAAGAGUGCUAUGGUUCAGGAAGUAUGCGCAGACCUUGACCUAUCCGAAGUCAGAGUGUCGCAUGUCAACUGCGCAAGCAUGCGUAUGUCACGGGAUGUCUAUAGUAAGCUCAUCCAAGAUUUCUGCGAGGAUACAGAUGUGUUCAAGAAGAGCGAGGCGGAUCGUCUAAAGUCCAUGUUCAUUCCGUCCAAGAAAGGCAAUGAUAUGUUCCUAGUUACUCUGGAUGAGAUUGAUCACCUACUCAAUGGCGAUUCUGGAGUGUUGCAGUCUCUAUUCGAGUGGUCUCUACUGAAAAACUCCAAGCUGAUGCUCAUUGGCAUCGCUAACGCCCUGGAUUUAACCGACCGCUCACUCCCACAACUCAAGGCUAAGAACCUGAAGCCCCGGUUGCUACCGUUUUUGCCGUACAGUGCAACAUCUAUUGCUAAUGUCAUGACCAAUCGUCUUCGAUCAUUGCUUCCUCCGGGAACAGAGUCCGACCCGAAGCUGGUUCCUUUCGUUCAGCCUGCCGCCAUUCAGCUCUGCUCCAAGAAGGUAUCUUCGCAAACGGGUGACUUGCGCAAAGCCUUUGAGCUUAUCAAACGAGCAAUUGAUGUCAUUGAACAGGAGACUUUGCAGAAGCUGGAGAAACAAGCCAAGGAAUCCGAGAAUGUUUCUAUCCUGGCGGAGAACUCCAAUCUGUCUUCGCCUGUCAAAGGAGGUGCUGGCUCGAAGCCAACAUCGAUAUCAAGUUACACAGUCAUCACGGCUCCCCGAGCCAGUAUUGCGCACAUUGCCCGAAUUACGUCUGCGGCAUUUGGUCAAGGUACCGUUCAAAGACUUCAAAGUCUAAAUCUUCAGCAAAAAGCGGCAGUCUGUUCCUUGAUUGCACUUGAACGGAAACGCCGCCAAUUUGAGGUCCCAAGCACGCCCUCCAAGUCGCGAUCUUCGGCACCUACGGUGAAACAAGCUUUCGACACAUAUUGCGCGUUGUGCCGCAAUGAUAAUAUUCUCCACCCUUUGACAGCCACAGAGUUCAAAGAUGUUCUAAGCAAUUUGGAAACGAUGGGUUUGGUUGGUGAGUAUCAGGGCCGUGGCCGCGGUGGAACUGUGGCUGGCGGUACAGAUAUUCGCCGGACGCCUUCCAAGUCUGGCCAUGCGCCAUCAACACCUCACAAGGCUCUGGACGAACAAGGUCUUGUUUGCUUCGUCUCUCAGCAGGAGAUUGAGAGUCAGAUCGUCGGACCUGGCGAGGGAAUCCUUCGACGCCUGCUUCGCGGCGAGGGAAUCUGA